AUGCAGGCAUCACAAAGUCUGAGAGUCGAACAUUCCGAGAGAUUAGGCAGGCUCCCUAACAAAAGGAACGGACAGGAAAAGGAGGAGAUAGGAAUAAAUAUCCGAGUUCUCAAGUCACAGGUUCAGAAGCAACAGGGGGGGUUAGAUUCGGACAGAGCGAUCAUGUCUGAAAUCACAAGUCUUCUCCUCAGAGGGAAGCAAGGCUCGGAAAAAAACAAGAGCGUGAGUCCAAACGUAGAGAUGAAAGAAGGUAGCAGGGAAGCGGUAGGGUGGCUAAAGUAUCAGGAGAGGGGUUAUGAGAAGUUAAGACGAAUAAGAAGGGAAACUUAUGGUAUGCAAGUCAAAGGUCUAGUAGGAAGGAGGAGCCUCAGGGAGAGGUAA